AUGACAUCGAAACACAGAAAAAACACCCAAAAAACUUUAAAAGUGAGAGAUGAAAAUUCGGGAAAAAAAUUCCCGGAAAACACAUCGAAAUAUCCGACGGCUGUUCGACAAUAUUAUGACCAUCAAAAAGAGUUGCUCGAGAAAUACGCGAAAGAUGAUGAGUGCAUUCGGAAUGGAGGCAUUGUUGCUGAGCCAAAGGAUACGACAAAAGGCGACAAUCUCCUUUCUCAACUCGUUCUCGUCUCGAAUCUCAUUUUGCUAAUCGGCAAGAGUUUCUCCGCGUAUUUAACCCAAGGAACAUCAUUGUCGAUCAUCGCGACACUUUUGGAUUCUGUCGUCGAUAUUACGAGUGGUUUGGCCGUUUGGUACGCGACACAUCUCAUCAUGAACACAGACGUUUUACGGUAUCCAUUGGGAAGAGAAGUUCUCGAGAAUAUGAGCAUCAUUUUUAUUGGUACUGUAAUGGGUAUGGGCAAUGCCUAUGUGGUUUACGACAGUUUCAUUGCGCUCUUCUUUGGAAAGCCUCCUCCGAUCUUCACGACUGUCUCUCUCGCAAUUCUCGUGUUUACCAUUCUCAUCAAAGCAUUUCUCUACUUUCAAUGCAGAAGAAGGAAAACGAAAAAUGCAGAGGUGCUUUCCGUCGACCAACUCAAUGACGUUUUCACGAAUAUUCUCGUCAUUUUCGGUACUCUCAUGGCUCAAUGGGUUUCCCCGUUAUGCGAUCCGGUCGUCGCCGCGCUUGUGUCUGGCUACAUCGCUUUUAAUUGGUUUUCGAUGGUCGUCGAGCAAUUUGAUCAGGUGGUCGGUGGUGCUUGUUCGCCAGAAGAUUACGGUCGAAUCGCACGCGUCAUCUCGAGACACCCAAAAGUGAGAGCAAUCGACGCUUUGCUUGUUUAUCAUGCAGGACAAAAGGUUCGUGUCGAGGCUCACGUCGUCACCGAAGCCACUUGCCCAGCCGAUCUUCUACACGAUGAAUUGCUGGAACCAUUGCAGAAAUCUCUUGAAAGUCUUCCGUUUGUUGACAAGGCCUUCGUCCAUCCAGACUAUCAGCUCGACGGAGUGGUCAAAUAUGUGCCGAGU